GUUCUUUUCUUUUAUAUUUUUAUAAUGAUUAGCAAUAAAAAGACACUUCAUUUAGAGUCACAAGGAAGAAAGCCUUGGUAUCACGCUGAUGGUUCUAUUGCUGAUCCUUAUAUGAUUGGUAUCGCAGGUGGUAGUGCUAGUGGAAAAACAAGUGUAGCCGAACGUAUCUUGAAAAACUUGAAUGUACCUUGGGUUGUGAUCAUUUCAAUGGAUUCAUUUUACAAUAUUCUGUCCCCUGAGGACAGUAAAUUAGCACACCAGAAUCGAUUUGAUUUUGAUCAUCCUUCUGCACUCGAUUAUGACUUGUUGUACGAGACUUUGGUCAAAUUGAAAGAAGGCAAGUCAGUCACUGUACCUAUUUAUAACUUCAGUACACAUUCAAGAGAAGAAAAGACAACGACUAUUUAUGGCGCCAAUGUUAUCAUCUUUGAAGGUAUUCUCGCCUUGUAUGAUAAGCGAAUUAGAGAUUUAAUGGAUGUCAAGAUUUUUGUUGAUACCGAUGCUGAUAUCCAAUUGGCCAGAAGAAUUCAAAGAGAUACACUGUUACGUGGUCGUGAUGUGGGUGGUAUUCUCGAUCAAUAUACCAGAUAUGUCAAGCCAUCAUUUGAUAACUAUGUGAGACCCAGUAUGAAGCACGCUGAUGUGAUCAUCCCAAGAGGUCUAGAGAAUGCCAUUGCUAUUGAUCUCAUCACAAAACAUAUUCAAAGCCAACUUCAAGAAAACAUUAUCAAUUUGCGUUGGGGACUUGUAGAUACCCCUGUGAGUGAUAAAAUACCUGACACAGUCAACAUCUUGCCUCCUACCAACCAAAUGAAGGGCAUUCAUACCAUUUUAAGAAAUCAUAGAACACCUAGAGAUGAAUUUGUGUUUUAUGCCGAUCGUCUGGCUGUUAUGCUGAUGGAAUUUGCUAUCAGUUACCUUCCUUCUACCCCGCAUACAGUUACAACACCUGUAGGUGCUGAUUAUCAUGGUCUUAAAUUUGUUCAAAAGAUUUGUGGUGUUUCUAUUUUACGUGCUGGUGGCACUAUGGAAGCUGGUCUGAAGCGUGUAUUCAGUGAUGCUGUUAUUGGCAAAUUAUUGAUUCAAACAGACCCUCUUACAGGUGAACCCGAACUUCAUUAUUGUAAAUUACCCAAAGAUCUUGUCGACUAUGAUAUUAUUUUGAUGGACGCUAUGGUUGGGACAGGUGCUGCUGCAUUAAUGGCGAUACGUGUUUUACUAGACCACGAAGUCCCUGAAGAUCGCAUCAUUUUUGUCUCCUACCUUGCUACUCAAGUUGGCUUGACGGUGAUUACAAAUGCAUUCCCCCGUGUCAAGAUUGUCACUUCAAUGGUUGAUCCUAACCUUAACAAGGAAAAGCUUUGGAUUGAACCUGGUAUUGGUAACUUUGGAGAUCGCUAUUUCGGUACUGAAGAAGACGAAGAAUAGAUAGAAUAAAAAUAUAAAUAUAAAAAAAUAUAAAAAAUAAUCAUCUAGUUAGUUUAUUAAAAAUAUUAUCAUUGGUUAGUAU